AUUGACUUUGACAAGAUCGUCGACGAUGAACCCGACGUCGCGAGCGCUGCUGACGACGGUGUCCAUGUACUGGAAGGGCUUCGACCUCGACAGCAAGCGCGCGAUGCUCGACGCGCAGGGCGGCUCCAUGCAGGAGCAGAAGGAGGCGUCGCUCAAGUCGCGGAAGGCGCUCGCCGAGCACACGAAGCGGUUCCGGAAGCUCGCGACCGAGCCCGAGAAGGCCGCGAACCUGCCCGGCCUCCUCAAGGCGUACCAAGAGGAGAUCGACACACUCACGAAGCGAGCCAAAUUCAGCGACAACGCCUUCUUCACCUUGUACAAGGCGCUGUACGAGGCGCCCGACCCCGUGCCGGCGCUCGAGGCCGCGCUAGAAGCCUCGGCCGUGGUCGCCAAGCCCGGCGGCGACGCCGACGUUGACGCAUUGCGCAAGGAGAUCGAAGCGUACGAAGCCGAGUUUGCGAUGCUGAAGAACCAGGACAUUACGAUCCGGAACCUCGAGGCCAAGAUUGCGGGGUUCACCGAGACGCUUGAGAGCAUGGUCGAAGAGAAGGUCCACGAGCGUUGUCGCGACAUCGAGUACAACGCGACGCUGCGCGAAGAUGAGAUGGCCGCCAUGGUAGGCCACUUGACCAAGUCCAUGGAGCAAGCGCGGCAAGAUCGCGACGACGCCCUCGCACAGCUCGAUCGACUUCGCUCGGAAGUGCUCCAAGCCAAACAGCGCAAUGAGCAGUUGCACCAGGUGCAUGCAAAGGAGAUGGCAUCAUGGGUCCUCGAGUCGGACCGACUCCGCGCCCUCCAGCUGGAGAACCAGCUGCUCAAAGACCGCGUUCAGAGCCCCGGCCUUGAUCCCCACGAGCCGCUCGAGUCCCAGAAAGCAAUGGAAUGGGAACUCAAGCUCGCCCAGCGCGAGGCGCAGAUCUCGCAGCUGACGCGCGAUUUACUAGCCGCCGAAGCGCGAGCACCGUCGCUCGAGGCGAACUUGGCUGCCGCACUCGCUGACCUGAGUGCGCUAACGACUGAAGUGACGCACCUUCGGCUCCGACCGACCAUCGAGGCCUACGAGGACCUCCUUGCGCAGGUCACGUCGUCGGCGGCCGCGCCCAACGGGAUGCUCGAGACGCUCAAGGCCGAGCAUGCACUCACCGUAGCUAGUCUCGAAGACGUCAUUGCGACGCAGCAAGCCAAGUUGACCGAGUGUACGGCCAUGAUUCGUCAGCUCGAAGACGCGGCGAUGGAGGAGCCGUCGGCGCCAUUGUUGCAGGACGUCUUGGCCUCAAGCAGCGCCGAAGGAAGCGACUUGAAGCUCGUGUCAAUUCUUCGCACGCAGCGCGACCGCCUGCGCGACCGCUUAAAAGAGUCGGACCGCGAGCUCCACAAGGAGACGGAAAAGGUGCGCCAUGUCACGAACCGGCUCGCGCAGCUCGAAGCAGAAAACGUCGACUUGGUGCAAAAGCUGCGGUUCCUCUCGACGGCCAACUCCAAUAGCAACAACGGCGACCUUGAGGCUGCACCAUCCACCAAGUACGCGCGACUUUACGAAGAGAAGAUGAGUCCGUUCGCGCAAUUCAAGCAGCUCGAGUCCCAAUCGCGCUUUGCAAAACUCAACACGAUCGACAAGAUCCUCCUCACGAGUGCGCGCAUGCUUUUGAGCCACCCCGUGACGCGGCUCUUCAUGCUGCUGUACCUCCUCUUCCUCCACACGCUCGUCGCUCUCACCAUCUACAUGGCCAUGCACAUGUGCGACGUCAGCAACGACUCGUAGUUGAGUUCAUGAACCUUGCAUCCGUACAGUAACCCUAACCCUCUUGUUCGCAGAGCUUUCCUUACAUCAACAAGAG